AUGUCCCGCAAGGGCGUCGGCCUCGCGGCCUUCGACCGCUCCCGCCUCACCUCGGCCCAGUACGCCAGCCACGGGUCCAACCUGCGCAGCACCAACGCCCAGGCCCUCGAGACCCAGCUCGCCGUCUUCCGCUCCCUGCUGCAGCAGUUCGCGCAGACGCACGCCCGCGACAUCCGCUCCGACCCGAGCUUCCGCGCCCAGUUCGCGCGCAUGUGCGCCGCCAUCGGCGUCGACCCCCUCGCGAGCAGCAACAACAGCAGCUCCUCCUCCUCCUCCGGGUCUGGUGCCGGCGGCGGCGGCGGCGGCUCGAUAUGGGCGCAGCUGCUGGGCCGGUCGGUCAACGACUUUUACUUUGAGCUCGCGGUGCGCGUCGUCGAGGUCUGCGGGCAGACGCGGAGCGAGAACGGCGGGCUGAUCGAGGUGCGCAAGGUGCAGGAGCACCUGAUGAAGGCGCGGAUGGAAGGCGCGCCCGAGGUGACAGAGUCGGUGGCCACCUUGUCUAUCGUCUUACGUUCCACCUUUGUUGAACACUCUCCUUUGCUGACCUGGGCUCUUUUCGUGCUUGUCAUUAGGGACGACAUCCUCCGUGCCGUCGCGACCCUCAAGCCUCUCGGUUCGUCCUACUCCGUCAUCAAGGUCGGCAGCAAGCCCUACAUCCGCUCGAUACCCAAGGAGCUCAACACGGAUCAGAGCGCCGUCCUCGAGGCCAUCCAGGUCCUCGGCUACGUGACCCUAUCAAUGCUGAUGGUCAAUUUGAGGUGGUCCCGCGCACGGUCGCAGACGGCCUUGGAAGACCUCAUCAGCGAGGGCAUGCUGUGGCUUGACAAGCAGAGGCCCGAAUGGGAAUAUUGGAACCCGGGGUUCAUGAUGGAAGGUCUUGAACCCAUUACUGAUGAUUGA